AUAGUAGGGUUCUGAUAAACCAACCGGCGGCACCGCCACCAGCAUUCCCACGUCGGGGAACACUAGCAAUGGACUUCGACGAGUACGAUUAUUUGGAGAAAACCGUGGAAGAAACCAACGGUCCUCCGUCCAAAACGAAGGAGACUAAGGACUCCGCCGAGAAAGAGAGAGACAAGGAGAAAGGAUAUCGGAGAAAAGAGCGUGGCGACGAGGACGAAGGUGAUAUUGACGAGGACGAAAGAGAUCGGAAAAAUUCCUCCAGCAAAAGGUCCCGCGGAGAUGACGAAAACGGCCGAGAUAGAGACCGCGAGAGGGAACGAGAUAGGGAUAGGGAGAAGGAGAGGAGCUCGCUGCACCGGAGUCGAGAUAGGGAGAGUGAGAGGAGUUCGAGGGACAGGGAUAGAGACAAGGAGAAGAGGGAGAAAGAGAGAGAUAGGGAUAGGGAAAGAGACAGGGAGAGGAGAGACAGAGACAAGGAGAAGGAGAGGGAGAGGGAUAGGGACAGGGACAAGGAGAAGGAGAAGGACAGGGAGAGGAGGGAUAGGGAAAAGGAGAAGGAAAGAGAUAGGGAAACGGAGAGGUCGAAGGAAAUGGAGAGGUCAAGGAGGAGCCGAAGCAGGUCCAGGCUCGAUCGUGAAAGGGAGAGAGAGUUGAUCAGGGAACGAGAGCGCGAGCUCGAGAUGAGGGAAAGCAGAUGCAUCUUAAUGGGCUAACAUGCGGAAACUUCUUCACGGCUUGUCUGAAGAAAGUGGCUUUUCCACAUAUUGGUUUUGAUAAGGUUGGCAACGCAUGUGGUGAGGCUGUAUCAGUUUUCCAGCCUUUUGUUCACUGUGAAGACGAAAAUGCCUUAUCCCCAUAAUUCUUGUUCCCACUUUGCAGUGAAACAGGGACCAGAAUAGCAAAUCCUCUGUUUGAAUGACUUUUUUGAUUCAAAAUAUCAGUGAACUCGAGUGUCCUAAUGAACACAAUCUUAAUUGAAGUAUAAAUAAUCAACGGUCUUAAAUCAUCCAGAAUAGUGAUUGGAGUGAACUUAUGAACGUUAUUCCAGUCAUUUUCCUUGCUGAAAUCAUAAGCCAGAUUUUAGGUUUCUGGUUUACUUCUUGUUAUCCCCCCUGUUUUUCUUUGAUAUUCCUUCUAAUCUUAAUUGUACUUAAGCUUAAAACUGUUUUUUAAUUUGAGUCAUCCAUUGCUGUUGGGUAGAAGUGACUUGGUCUACAUGAAUAAGGGGGCUUUAGUUGACAAUUAGCGAAAACAUUUAGUUUCUAAUCUGCUUGUUAUUGGAACCAUUGAAGGUGGAUUGCUAAUGAAGUAUAAAAAUUUGCUAAGCAUUGAAAAAUGAUGUGCUUGUUCUCACUUUCUUGCUGACCACUGGCUGAGGAACUUUAUACAAUCUUAGUCUAGAAUGUUUUAUGUUUAUACUUGUUAAAUUUGAAGUUGGUAUUCGUUUUUGGUAUUUCUGUUAUCAAAAAGUUUGAUUUAUGGAAAAGUAGGGUGCUGGCUUGGAAUUUAAGGAGGUUGAUUAUCUCUGUGGUAGGGAGGAGAACAUGAUGUUGAGGUUGAGAUAAGUUUUUCUACAAGAAAAUACACCUAUAAGGCUUUAUAUGUUAAUAUGUUCCUCUCAUUGUAGGGUUUAUACUUACUAUUUUCUGAGUCAUUUAUGCAGGAGAUUUAAAGAAAAGAAAGAAGCGGUGGAACCUGAGGCUGACCCAGAAAGGGAUCAGAGAACAGUAUUUGCUUACCAGAUGCCCUUGAAGGCAACUGAGAGGGAUGUUUACGAGUUUUUCUCAAAAGCAGGAAAGGUGAGGGAUGUACGUCUUAUCAUGGAUCGAAAUUCGAGGAGAUCAAAAGGAGUUGGGUACAUUGAGUUCUUUGAUUCCAUGUCUGUGCCGAUGGCAAUUGCUCUAUCUGGGCAUCUACUUCUUGGACAGCCUGUUAUGGUUAAACCAUCAGAGGCAGAAAAGAACCUUGUUCCAUCAAAUGCUUCCAGUAAUUCAAGCGUUGUGGGCCCGUAUGGUGCAACAGAUAGGAAACUCUAUGUUGGAAAUUUACAUUUCAACAUGACUGAAUUUCAGCUUAAACAGAUUUUUGAAGCAUUUGGGCCCGUUGAACUUGUACAGCUGCCUACUGAUCCUGAGACUGGACAUUGCAAAGGUUUUGGCUUUGUUCAAUUUGCUCAACUAGAACAUGCAAAGGCUGCGCAAGUUCUAAAUGGGAAAUUGGAGAUUGCUGGUCGAACUAUUAAGGUUUCAUCUGUUACAGAUCAUGUUGGAGUGCAAGAUUCAGGGCAGAAAACUGCCGAUUUUGAUGAUGAUGAUGGGGGUGGAUUGGCUUUGAAUGCUCAAUCAAGAGCAAUGCUAAUGGCAAAACUGGAUCGUAGUGGGAUUGCGUCAAGUGUUGCUGGUUCCCUUGGAGUACCUGCGCUUAAUGGCGCAACUCCUGCACAACAAUCCAUAACCAUGCCCAUGGUUGCACCUACAGCAAUGUCUGCUCCAGUACUUCCAGCACAAGUUUUAAUGCCCCCAGAGCCCAUUGGCAACCCAAGCGAGUGUUUACUUUUGAAGAAUAUGUUUGAUCCUGCAACUGAGAUGGAUCCAGAAUUUGAUUUGGACAUCAGGGAUGAUGUGCGUGAAGAAUGUUCAAACUAUGGCCCGGUGAAGCAUAUCCAUGUGGACAAGAAUAGUGCUGGCUAUGUUUAUUUGCGCUUUGAGAAUGUGGAGGCUGCAGCACGCGCUCAACAAGCCAUGCACAAGCGAUGGUUUGCUCGCCGAUUGAUUUCAGCAAUCUUCUUGCAACCAUAUGAAUAUGAUGCAAAAUUUAAAGGGGCUGCUUGAUACUGUUCUGCAUGCUGGAAUCAAUGUGGAUGGAGUACAACCUUAAAGUGGAGUUGCUGAGCGUGUUUGCUUAUGGUUUCAUUACGAUGUGGAUGACAAUAACUCUACUUGCUUCACAUGUAUAAUUUGGUUUUAGAUUUGGUUAUUGUUAUGUGGUGGAUGUGUAUACAAUUUGAUCGGUUAUUUUCCCUUUGAAAUGUAGUACCGAAUAUUUUUAUUAGCAUGA